GUUGUUUCAGUAUACAUAAAUAUAACAGAGAGAAAGGCCUACUUAUCAUUUAUACGAUCAAAGGAUGUUGUUGACUUUGUUAUUUGUGGCUUCGUUCAGUUUACUUUGUCUAGCUGGAAACAACGAACAAACCAACAUGAUGACAAAGGUUGACUUGUUAAAGUCGAUUAUUUACGACAACACCAAAGCUACGGUAACUCUGGAUUCUACAGCACUAAAACAACUCAUUCAACUGUUUGCAGAUUCGUCUAAUUCUGCUCAACGCAUCAGCUUUUCUGUCUUCUUAAAUUCCCGCCAUGUUAUCACGCUCGGUGCGAGGCAAACCGUAAAAUAUGAUAGAAUUCUAACAAACGACGGGAACGGAUAUGACGACAGAACGGGAGUGUUCACGUGUCCUUUGGCAGGAACCUACAUGUUUGUUGUCGAUUCUUUAUCUUUCCCUGGAACCUGCCUGGAUCUGAAAGUCAACAAGAACAAAGUUGGGAGACUCCAUGUGUCUUCUGCGCACAAAGGAAACCCAAUCAUCCAAAUAAGCAGAACAAUCAUUGUAAAGCUAAAGACUGGGGACCAUGUCAAAGUUGAAAAUGAGCAUAACAGGGGUACGAUACACCCUACGAUGUAUUCAGGAUUUACAGGAGUCCGCAUGUAUUGACCAAGGAUUCUAUUAUUAAACGAUGCAACCUGUUCAUUUUGAUUGAAAUUAACACGCUCUCUAAUAACCGUACAGAAAUAAAUGAAAU